AUGAUCUUCUAACUCCGAUACAAUACAAAAUUGUCAGAAUCUUUGAAUAACAGCAAAGAUUAUCAUUCAAUUCAACAUCCUAAAUGGAUUGUACCUAAUACCCAUAGAAAUGAUCAUUAAUAACUAACACAUAGAAAUAAACUUCUUCCCAAAUAUCCUGAUGACAUGUUGUUGUGCUUAGUCUCCAAAGGACUAGCUCCCAUUAACAAAAAGAAAAUGAAAAAUCUACUCAUAAAUGAAACAUUCUCUAAUAACAAAGAAUUCCCUCCAGAUAUGAAGCAAGAACAUCCAUAUUACAAUCUUAAACCAAAUCCAUCUUUUUCAGAAAUUGACAAACGUAAUUUCAAUUUAUAUACUCUAUAGAAACCAAAAAGGCUUUACCUCCUCUUUAGUUAAUACCUAAGAAACCAUCAAUUCGAAUACAAUCUAGAGAGAAGGAGUCGAAUGAAUUAUAUUCAUCCAAAAGUAGUAAAUUAGUAAGUCCAAGAAUUCAGAGAAAAAGCAAUAAGAAAACACCUGUAUAAUCACCAGAAAAGGAUAAAAUAUGUAGAACAUCUUCUACACCAUUUAUAUAUAAGACUCUGUAAAAGGAAAAUUUGACUAGCAGAUCUGGUUCUUCAACUUAGCGAUCAAAGUCAAAAAAUUAAAAACCAUAAAAAUUGAUAUUCUAAAAUUCUAAAUAGAAUUCAGGAAAAGAAAGAAAAUAUACAUAAAAUCAAAACAAAGUACUUACUAUCUAAAAAUCUUCAAUUAAGAUGAUAGAUCCAUAAGAGAAGAAACUUCAAGUUAAAAGAAAACCAAGAUAGACUUAAACUAUUUAAUAAUAAUAAUAAUAAUAAUUAUUAUAGAUUAUAUCUAGCAAAUAAAAUACUUAACCUAAUAAUAAUAACCAAAAGUAAACAACUUUAAUUUCUUCAAAUCAAUAAUAAAAUUUAUUAAAAGAUAAAUUACAAUUAAGGCAUACGUCUUAUAGAUGCUUUUUAAAUAAAAUAAAUUUUUCAAAUAAUUAAUGCAUUCAAUCACCAAACAAAAUGGAAAUUCCUGCAUAUUACUUUUAUGUUGGAAAAGGAAAUAAUGCUAGUUUGAUUAAAAACUUAUUUCGUUAGAGAUGGUGGUGGCAAGAAAUUGAAACUAUGGAUCUUAACAAAACCAAUAUGAUAUGGACUCAAUUAAAAUAAAACAUUUGCAUUGAAAAUUUAACAGCAUUUAAUGUUAUAAGUAAUGAUUCAAAUUACAAUAAUGAUUCUUUUAUUUAAAGUAUUGAAGAUACAGUGGCUGAUUCUAGUGAUUCGGAAUUGGAAAUGAGCAUCAAACACAGAUCUGUUCCACUCUUUAACACUAAUUUAUAAGCCAAAUAAUCAUUUUAAUAAAUUAGUAAUUUAAAUUAAUUAAAGAGAAUAUUCAAUUAAAUUGAACUUUAAAAACUAUUAGCUUAUAUGAAAGAUAAUAAUUUAUGGGAUUCUUAGUUAGUGUUCAGCGAUUGUUCUGAAAAAUUGCUCUUAAACAUCAAAGGAGUACAAUAUUAAACUAUAAUUAUUAGUUUCACGCAUCAACUAAAAUAGAGAGUAGAAAUUAUAGAAUGCAUAAUCAUAUGUAAGACAAUUGGCAUUUGGGAAAUAAGAAAGCUUUAUUUUAUAAUAUGAGGAACUAUUUUAAAAUAAUUAAGGAAGAUUAUACAAAAUACAUUCCAAUUACUUUUCAUAUUCAAUAAGGGACAGUUGAUCCAGAAUAUCUUAAAUUUGUUGAUUAUUAUAACAAAAGACAAGAAGAAAUAAGAGAAUAAGAGAAGAAAAUUUAUAUGGAUUAUAGGAAAGAGAAGAAAGUGAAACCAAUAAAUUUAUGGAUAGUAAAACCUGGAGAAUGUACAAAUAGAGGAAAUGGAAUUACAGUUUGUUAAGACUUAAUGGAUAUAAAUAAGAUAAUAAUGGAAGAAUAGCCUGAUGGGAGAUAGAGAACUUAUAUAAUUUAAUAAUACAUAGAUAAUCCAUUUUUAUAUAAUAAGAGAAAGUUUGAUAUUAGAUGUUAUAUGCUUCUUACAUCUUAGAAUGGAAUAUUAAAAGGAUAUUGGUAUUAAGAAGGAUAUAUAAGAACAUCUUCAAAGGAAUUUACUACCAAGUGUCUUAACAAAUAUAUUCAUUUAACAAAUGAUGCAGUUUAAUCAAAAGAUGAAGAUUAUGGUAAGUAUGAAUUUGGAAACAAGAUUUCAUUUUUAGAAUACUAAAGAUAUCUGGAUACAUUUCAUAAAGAAUAGAAAUUAAAUUUCUUUGUUGAUAUCUAUCCAAAAAUGAAAUAGAUUGCUUUAGAUUUGAUGAAAGCAUCAUAUGGAAAGAUUGAUCAUUAAAGAAGAUCAAAUAGUUUUGAAGUAAAUGUUAAUAAUAAUAUUAUUAAUAGCUUUUUGGAUUAGAUUUUAUGAUAGAUGAUAAUUUUAAACUUUGGUUAAUUGAAGCAAAUACAAAUCCAUGUCUAGAAUUAUCAUGUCCACUUUUGAGUAAAAUAAUCCCAACCCUUGUUGAAAAUUUGUUUAGGUAAUUUAUACUUUAUAAAUUAGAAUUGCUAUAGAUCCAAUUUUUCCUCCUCCUUUCUUUGAGGAAUGGCCUCUGAAUAAAAAACUAUUUAUUCCUGAUAAUGUAUUGGAAAAUAAUAGAUUUGAACUUAUGUUUGAUGAAUUAAUUGAUAAAAAAACAAUGAUCAACUUAUAUAGGGAUAAUAAAAUUGAAUAGGAUUGUUUUAAGAUAGAGGAGGAAGAAGAAGAAGAAGAAGUGAAAGAUUGA